AUGUCUCAAAACACUUUCCAAUCUCUAAGUCCCCUCGCAGCACCGGCGGAGAUUCUUGCCCCGGCAACCCCAGUCCGCCGUGCGACUCUUUCUCCAUCUCCCGAUCUCAGUGCCGCUGUCAAAGACCACUCCUCUCAGUCAGACAAGAAAUUUCUGUCUCCGCCUGCUUUCUCAUCCUCCGAUAUGACUCCGCCGCCAUCGACCCAGAUGCCCGGCGCGCCUGUCCGCCGGUCUCACUCGCGCUCCCUCAGUCCCGCCCUCGUCACCCCAGCCGACCUGGACAAGUCGCUUUGCGACGCCUACGGAGCGUCCGAGAACCUGCCCACCACUGAAGAAAUCGACAAUGCCAGCGAGACUCGACUGCGUCAGAUCGCCAAGGAUCUUCUUGCUGUAGCCCAAGAGGCUCGCAUGUCUGCGCUCCACUUCAAACUCCAGAACAGUCUGGUUUCAUUCGCCAGUAACGAAGCAGUCAAGCGCGCUGAAGUCGAGCACCAGCUCGCAAAACGUGAGGUCGAAAUUCUCCAGAGUGCCGAGUACCGCAGUCGCUCGCGCCCUGCCGAGCCCUUGAUCCCCAAGCAGUCUCACUCAGUCUCCACAGACGACUAUCUGGCCGUUCUCCACCGGUCGCAAGAACUUGAGAAUGUCAAUGUCAUUUUGGAUCGCCGACUUCGCAAUGCGAAGCGGGCCAUUGAUGAUGCCUCCGCCCGCUCUGUAGAGUUGGAAGAGCAAAAUGGGAGGCUGAAGAAGCGCAUCCAGGAAAACCGCCACCAUUUCUCCCAGAUCUACAACCAUGGUGGGUUGUCUCCCGGUAUGCAGAACGAGUUGCACACAAUCUGCCGUGGCGAGCACACUGAUGGUCUCGCGGCGCUCCUCUUCGCCGACAAAUUUACAAACCGCCUCCGUGAACCGCAGGGCUCGUAUGGUGCUCACUCUUCGCUUCCCGUGACCCCAGUCCAGCCGCGCUCAGUCCGCCAGGAUCAUCCCUACCUGACACCCGGCAGGAAUGCACGCGACCAGUACGACAGCGACAGCACUGUUUCCCUUUCCGCGCCGGAGUCCGAGGACGAACCUGUGGAGACCCGGCACCAGCACAAGCGGACCACCGCCCCGAAGACCAGCUCACUUCUACAAACGAAGCUUUUCGGUCAAGUGAAGAAGCCUGGCGUUGCACGCACCCAAUCCUCCAAGCGCAAAGCCAGUUCUGGCGAGAGCAGCCCGGCCACAAAGAGAUCCAGGACGAAUACCGGAGUGGGUCUGGGUAUUGAGAUCUAA